AUGAAGUCGAUAGUCGAAGAAUAUGUGAUGCCGGAAUCUCAUCAGAGCAAUAUGGAAGUGAUCGGUGUGAUGUACCUGAAACUUGUAGGUGAAAAGACAAUCACGCAAGAAGGAGUGAAAUCCAAAUGUCUGUUGGUUCGAUAUAAGGAUAUUCCAAGGAUUCUUGGCAAGAGUGAUGAAGAAUUGAUAAAGAUACACAAACUGUCAGGGGCUACAAUAGAGCUGUUUUGUGACACUGCUGUAAUGAUUCAUCGACUCUCAUACCUUCAACUUCUUGGAAGUGCUGAUGAAGUUGAGGUUGCUGAAAUGCUCCUGGUUGAUGCAGUUACAAAGGCAUAUGAUGAAAAGGAGUUUGUCCCCACAGCUCUAAUGCCACCAAGCAUCUGUCAUCACACGAUGACCAUUCCUGUAAUGAAGGAUGUACCUUUACUGGGCUUUAAUGGAAGCAAUCUACUGAAAAUGGAAUCCCAAACUUGUUCUUGGAUAGAGCUGGAUACAGUAUGUGACAGUAGUGUACUGGUGAUCAACAUAUAUGGUGAACGAUUGAAUCUAACUAAUGCAAUAAAAAUCAUCAAGGAACAAAUCUGUGAGUAUGAGGAACUGAAACACAAACUUGAUGAAGAAGACGGUGUUGCAUCUGGUGAAGAACCGGAGGUGUAAUUGCAACAGUGGAACUCCUUUUGCAAGUUUAGGGAAGGAGCGUUAUCAUAAUUCAUGCAUAUAACAGACUGUUUUGUACGUUCUUGUAAAAAAAAAAAAAAAAAAAAUUGGAAAUUCAGUGCAUGAAUAUGCAUUGUGUAAAAACCAAAGAAA